AUGAGUUCUACAACUGGUGAAUGUUUAUGUGGACAAAUUAAAGUUUCUAUUGCUAAGGAAGCACUCGAUGGAGAUGGCAAGAUUGCUUUAUGUCACUGCAAGAACUGUCGUCAAUCUACCGGCUCUAUGGCGUCAACCAAUAUUAUUGUUCCGGAAUCGGCUGUGAGAAUCACCGGGCAACCAAAAAUAUAUCAAGAUAGUAAAACCAAUAGUGGAAAGACAGUUCAACGUGCUUUUUGUGGUAACUGUGGCAGUCCAAUUUAUUCAUCUACACCGAGUAUACCUGAUGCCUUGGUCGUCAAAAUGGGAUUAUUUGAUGAUAUUCCUAAACCAUCAAUGGAAGUCUAUUGUAAAUCAAGACUAUCUUGGAACAAACCUAUUGAUGGUGCAAAACAGUUUGAUACAAUGCCAACACAAUAA